AGGCUAUCCGAACCUACUCUAGAACUUCAUUGCAAGUGUGCUGACGCUCUUCAUUGAGAAGAUUUGUUCCACUCUUGAAACACUCCCAACAUUUGCUUCCAGCCUUCUGCCUCCUCCAGCCUUGGCAGCAAACAAGCAAUGAAGGGUGUGCUAGGAAGUGACUUUUAAAAGCCAGCUCCACCCCUGGGAUGCUCCCUUUGGAUAUUCCUCCUCCUCCACCACCUCCACCACCUCAUCCUCCUCCUCAUUCUGGAGUGCCGGGAGGAGCCCUAAAAAGCUUGAUGGCUCCGAACUGAGAGGAGAGAGUGUCAAUGCCGCACAUGGAAGGAGCAGAGAGAGGAAGGGUCUGUAAGGAAGACAGGACUCCCACCAGGCAUUUUUAAUAGAAGAAACCAGAAACCAUGAACUGGUCAGGCUUUGAAGAUCUCCUUGGCGGGGUGAACAAAUACUCUACCGCCUUUGGGCGCAUCUGGCUCUCGGUGGUCUUCAUCUUCCGCCUCCUUGUCUACUUAGUGGCGGCGGAGAAGGUUUGGGGAGAUGACUCCAAGGACUUUGACUGCAACACGGAGCAGCCAGGCUGCCCCAACGUCUGCUACGACUUCUACUUCCCCAUCUCCCACAUCCGCCUUUGGGCCCUGCAGCUCAUCCUGGUCACGUGUCCGUCAUUGCUGGUGGUCAUGCACGUGGCCUAUCGGGAGGCCAAACUGAAGAAAUAUUUGGAGAAAGAGGGACGGGACUCUCGGCCCCGCUACCCGCCGGGCAAGAAGCGUGGGGGCCUGUGGUGGACCUAUUUGUUCAGUCUCCUCUUCAAAGCUUUUGUGGACAUCAUCUUCCUCUUUAUCUUCUACCGAGUGUACCCGAGCUACAAACUUCCCCCCUUGGUGAAAUGUUCCCUUCCACCUUGUCCCAACGUGGUAGACUGCUACAUCGCUAGGCCGACCGAGAAGAACAUGUUCACCUUGUUCAUGAUCGUCACGGCCUGCAUUUGCAUCCUCCUCAGCCUCGUCGAAGCCUUUUAUCUGGUUGGGAAGAGGUGCAAGGAGAGCAUGGUGGCCCCACGAGAGAGCCACGAGGGUCCCAACGGGAAUGCGCUUAUUCUCAAAAGGGACCCCGGUUGCCUUUCCCCUAGUAAGCAAAAUGAAGUGAGCCCACAGGUUUUCCAGGGGACAAAUUACAAACCUUUCACAACACCCCUCUUAAAUAUGUCACAGCAUGGGGAGAUAGAGCCCUCAAAACAUGAAAAACUAGGGUAAUCAAGGGGGAGAUGAAGACCUCGGGAUGGGAUCAAAAUAGGCUCAGUCCUACAUCUUCUACUAGAAAGAUACAAAUGCGUUGAAGUGUGAGAUGGGAGAUUAACGGGAGAAGAGUGUGAGCCUCCUGUCUAGUCCAAAUCAUGUUGAUAAAUGUCAGGUUGUUCUACUGCCUAAUGACUAUGUUUUCCUUAAGAAUACUUGAAGUCAACCCAGCAAUGGAAGGAUCAAGCAAGACUGUGCCUUCUUCUAGUAUACGCCAUUCCAUGUCACCUGUCACCCUACCCUCCAAACUAACCUUAUGACUAUAUUCUAUGACUAAAAGUCACAAUCCUGUCCAAAUCUUACCAUUAGUCCCAAUGAAAGCAUUGACUCCAUUCCCAUUCAGUGGGCCUACUCUAGUUCUAACUCUAGUUAGAACCAAGUCAAGGAAGGUAGCCUUCCAGAUGUACUUGAACUACGGCUCCCAUUUAUGAGGGUUUAUCUAUGUGUUGAAUUCCCAUUGAGUGGACCUACUCUAGAUAGAACCAAGUCAAGCAAGGUGGCCUUCCAGAUGUGCUUGAACUACAGCUCCCAUUCAUGAGGGUUUAUCUAUGUAUUGAAUUCCCAUUGAGUGGGCUUACUCUAGUUAGAACCAAGUCAAGCAAGGGUGGGAAUAAGGUGGCCCUCCAGAUGUGCUUGAACUACAGCUCCCAUUCAUCUAUGUGUUGAAUUCCCAUUGAGUAGCCUACUCUAGUUAGAACCAAGUCAAGCAAGGUGAUCUUCCAGAUGUGCUUGAACUACGGCUCCCAUUCAUGAGGGUUUAUCUGUGUGUUGAACUCCCAUUGAGUGGGCCUACUCUAGUUAGAACCAAGUCAAGGAAGGUGGCCUUCCAGAUAUGCUUGAACUACGGCUCCCAUUCAUGAGGGUUUAUCUAUGUGUUGAAUUCCCAUUGAGUGGGCCUACUCUAGUUAGAAGCAAGUCAAGGAAGGUGGCUUUCCAGAUGUGCUUGAACUAUGGCUCCCAUUCAUGAGGGUUUAUCUACGUGUUGAAUUCCCAUUGAGUGGGCCUACUCUAGUUAGAACCAAGUCAAGCAAGGUGGCCCUCCAGAUAUGCUUGAACUACAGCUCCCAUUCAUCUAUGUGUUGAAUUCCCAUUGAGUAGCCUACUCUAGUUAGAACCAAGUCAAGCAAGGUGGCCUUCCAGAUGUGCUUGAACUACGGCUCCCAUUCAUGAGGGUUUAUCUACGUGUUGAAUUCCCAUUGAGUGGGCCUACUCUAGUUAGAACCAAGUCAAGGAAGGUGGCCUUCCAGAUGUGCUUGAACUACGGCUCCCAUUCAUGAGGGUUUAUCUACGUGUUGAAUUCCCAUUGAGUGGGCCUACUCUAGUUAGAACCAAGUCAAGCAAGGGUUGGAAUAAGGUGGCCCUCCAGAUGUGCUUGAACUACAGCUCCCAUUAAUGAUGGUUCAGGCUGCUGGAAGUGGUAGUUCAGCUAACUCUAGGGGCCUCAUGGUUCCCACCCCAUUUUUCUUUGGAGAGUAUCUUCUUCCUACCACCAGCAACAUUACUAUUUUCAUAGAUCAUUUGUACUUCUGUAAAUCAUGGUGCUAUCUUGAUCCUGGGGGGUACAGUUGGAAGCCAACUGUACUGUUUUGGCUACACAAUAUGCAUAGGCACUUAUGCCUGAACAAAAGAGACAAUCAUAUUGACUGUCUAGAGAUUCUGCAGCACUUUCGGCAACCAUCUAUGGCAAUUGCCUACUAGGAAUAAAUUACACAUUACCAAAGAAAGAAGGAACGAUCCAGUUUAGUUUCCAGGAGAGCACAUUUUCUUAUACAGGUCAAAUAUCCCUUUAUCCAAAAUGCUUGGGACCAGAAAUGUUUUGGAUCUUGCAAUGCCUCUACUUGCAUAUGUGCACGUACUGAGAUUUCUUGGAGAUGGGACUCAAGUCUAAACACUGACGUUUCAUGCCCAUCUUAUACAUAUACAUUAAUAAUUUUGUGCAUGGAACAAAGCUUGUGGACACUGAACCACCAGAAAGCAACGCUGUCACUAUAUCCACAACCCAUGCAGAGAAUUUGGGAGAGAUUUUGAAUAAUGGACACUUAACCUGUAUUGCAAAAAAAAAAAAAAAUGGUUUGAUACUAUUUUAUAUACCUCUACAUGCUUAUGAAAAAUUCCAUUUAAUAUAUACAUUAAUGUAGAUUCCUCUGGUUUUUGCUUCAAAGGGCACAGAGAAAGCGAUGUUAGUUGCAAAAUGCAUUUGAUGUAAUAAAAUAUCUCAGGUACUAUGA